UGUGGGGGCAGAGGCUGGCGGUCCCCGACCCAGAGGAGGGGGCGGUCGCAGGGAGGCUGCCAGGGGCUGGAUCUGGUGCCGGCUGCUCUCUGGACUGCAGGGGGUGCGGGAUCCCCUCUCCGCGUUGCCUGCCCAGCCUCAGCCGGCUCAGAGGCGGCAGCCAAGCAGCGCGGUCCUUGCCAUGCUGGCGGCAGCUGGGAGCCGCGCCUGCCUGGGCCGGCUCCUGGGCGAAGGGCAGCUGCACGCCCGCCUGCUCAGGCCGGCAGCCCGUGGGAUCGCGGCCACUGCAGCUUCCUCCAGCAGCGCCCACAACCGAAGCCCAGGGGCCAUCAGCUUGGCUAAGAAGAUGUACAAAGUACCUGGUAGUUACAAACCUUCCAACUUUGACAAAAAAAUCCUCAUGUGGACAGGACGCUUCAAGACUGAUGAAGAGAUUCCUUCAAGGAUCCCGCCAGAAAUGCUGGACAUUGCAAGGAACAAAGCUCGAGUAAAAGCCUGUUAUCUAAUGAUUGGCCUCACAAUUAUCGCCUGCUUUGCUGUGAUUGCAUCAGCUAGAAGGGCUGAACAAGAGUCCCUAACAAGCUGGAACCUAGCAAAGAAAGCCAAGUGGUGUGAAAAGGCUGCAAUAUCAUCAGAGUUUAAGACUAAAUAAUAUUUCUAUUAACAACUGUGGAUUUGCUAGUAGGAGCAAACACCACAAAAAACAAAUGUUACUUGGCAUAAUUAGUGACUGUCUAACUAGUUAGCAGACUGCUAUGUUAAACAUCAAUACAUUGGAGCCCAACAAUGUUGGGAACAAAGGGAAUAGGGUGUCUUAUUCUACAUUACACAGAGAUAUUUUCAGUACUUGCAGCAGAUGACCAAGGUCAGUUCAAAUCUUUAGAAAGUUCUAAUAAUUCCAGUUUCAAGAGAGACUUUUUUUUUGUCUCAAUUUGAUAAAAAUAUGUAACUGUCCCCAAAGACAACACAUACAUCACCUACCCUGUCCUGAAAUCUCUUCCUGCUAGAUUUGAUUCUGGACACUUUUCUAUAGACACAAAAUUGUAUUACUGACAAGAACCACCAUUUCAGAACUUAUAUAUUAAAGAAAUGAAAGCAUACUAAAAAAAUUGUGCAAGCCACAAAUCAUUUAAAUACUAGGGAAGCCAGUGACUAUGUAGUUGGAAAAAUUAAUAGCAUCACUACAGUAUCUCUGUUGAAUCUUGUUUACUACACCAGGCUGAACUGACAGUUUACUUAUGCAGUGUGAUAGCUGUGUCAGUACCAGAUAUUAGGAAGAGGGUGUGAGGGGUAAUCUCUUUUAUUGGACCAAGCUCAAUAGCUUGUCUCCUCCACCAACAGAAGUCAAUCCAAUAAAAGAUAUUACCUCUCCCACCUUGUCUUGCUAAAGUUUACUUAGUUCUUUUGCAAACUAAAAACACAAUAAGCAGCAUUUUAGUCUCUAUAGACUUCUCCUCCAAAAACUCUUGGGAGCUCCCAUUAAUUUUGCAAAUGAAGAAAGGAUGGAGGAUGGUGUUGGUCAAAGGCAUGUGAUGCUUAGGGAGAAGAUAUUUUCAAGGCUAGUUUUAAAAGUCACUUCAUGCAAUAUUUUGUUUAACCCCUCUCCAUAAAGCUGAUUUUUCUAGCAUGGCACACUAUUAUAUAGCAUGGAAGUCAGCCACAGUUUUUACUGAAUUCAGCUCUUACUUUAGUAUAGAGAUUGUAUUUAUAUUUGCUAUUUUCUAAGAAUCAGGACUAAUUUUAGAAUACUAAUGAAUACACUCACCACUGUAAAAUAGCUUUUAUUAGUUUUUGUAUAGUAUUCUGAAUUGAAACAUUCCAUAAUAUUGCAUACUUUUCAUGUGUUGGUUUGUAAAGAUAAACAACAGGCCUCCAGUCUGGAUUAAAAGAUGCACUAUCAGUCUACUUAAAGUCAAUAUAGGCAUUUUAGAUUGAUACAUUACAUAAAACUAUAACGGCAUGAGUGAGAAUGAAAAAAUUUCUCAUUUAAAGAUUUCAGUUAACCUUUGCACUGGUUUCAUGCUAAGCAGCAGGCAUUUUACCCUGCAUAUCAAUUUGAACUUUAAAAAAAGUCUCACUUCAAUCUUAUGAUUUAAUUUUUGUAAGACAAAAACCCAACUGAGGUAACUGACCAUGGAGGAAAAAGGAUAGUGCACCUUUUACACAUAGACCUAGUAGAGAUCAUUUUCCAAACUUGUUCUACAGUACAGUUAUUUCUGCACCAACAUUACUAUUUUUUGUUUUCCUGUUCUGAUUGCUGCUAGCAAUAUAGUGUUUAAAGAAAAUACUACAAAAUUAAACAGCAGUAUGAACAAAGUUCUCAAAGACAAAAAGUGCUAUGAUAAUAAUUCAGUAGAAAAUCAGUUAUGAUUUAGUGUCAAACAGUUUAUGAAACAAACAGAUGUGGCAUAUUUGCAUAGAUUAACUUGUCAGAAUUCAAAUUCAAACAGAACAACUGGUACACUAUUUUGAAAAACACUUGUUUUUUGGAACAAGCUGCAUAACGGAAGGGACACUUUAGUACUUUGUCUAUUAUUUAAACAAAACCUCCAAAACUUGUAAUAGCUUUUUGGAUAAAACCAGUAUGGAAAAAAAAUCUAUUUAGCAAACACAGCCACUGAAUCCCCCCACUCCUAAAUGCUUUCCACAGAGCAGAGCUGAUUUUUUUCUGUCAGCGUCAUUGUUUUCCUAAGCAUCACUGAUGCCAUCAGUGUCAGUUCUGACAACAGGUUUUGUUAACUUGUGAAAACAUUCUUAUUCCAUGAUCAUUCAUUAACAAUAUCUAUUUAAAAAAAUAACAGCGUUCCCAGUGAGACUGGUGGAUUUUAGAUAUAUAAAACACACACACACAGCGCAACAUGAUAGAAUAAUGCCAGAUUUAACAUUUUUAGGAUUAACCAAAGGUUGAGAUUAAACAACUAGUGUCCCUUUCAGUAACCAAAGUCCAUCAAUCUUAGUUCCUAUUUACACUAAAAAGCACUACUUUGAAUAUACCAUAGGCUUGAAUUUGUAUUUACAUACAUAAAGUGCAGUCACUUUAAACCAUUCAGACCUACACAAUAAUAUAUCCACAAAGUAAUCCUCUCAAAUAAGUAUAAUACUUGAAAUCCCUCCCACCCCCCAUCCAUUUACAAGUCUUAAUUAGGGUUUGUUUGUUUUUUUUUAAAGUUUAGAUUUGGCUUAACUGAAGAGGCUUAUAAAUGCUGUGUCUACAACAGGGUCCUCAAAAUAAAAGCAGGCACAGCUGGCUUAUGUAAUAUCAAAACAAUGUUUGCAAGAAACAGUGGAAUACCCUGUUACCUGAAUACUUAUGAUUAUUCUUGCACUAAAAGAACACUGAAAUCAUCAUAAUUUAACCGGUAAUCCUGUAAAUUUCCAAUAUAAUUACCCUGAACUUUAAAGAGACGAUGCAAAAAAUGCCAGUAUAGUAAAGUCUCUAACUAUUAUAAAAAAGGGCACAAAUACAAUUCUCAAACAUAAGAAAAAUUUGGCUCAGCAUUGUGCACAGUAUUCAAACUUGCUGUAUUCUAUACAAAUCUAGGUUUAAAGUGUUUGCUAAAUCUUUCGUUACACAGAAUCUGCAAAGUAACCACACACCUAUAUUCACUCCUUUCCUCAUAACAUACCUUUUAUUUCCAGGAGAAGAAUUUCUAAUGAGGAUGAAUUUUUUGAAUUGAAUCUUGCUUCUUAAACAUAUUAACAGUCACAAAUGACUAUUAAUCUUAUAAAAUCUGCUUCAAUUCCCACCCUGAAACUACUACACAAUAUAUAGUGCUUUAACAGUCUCAAAGUAAAACACAUUAUGAAUUUUAACUGAAAACAGUAUUUUCACAUUUUAUAAACAAGUUUAAAUCCAGAACACAGUAUAUAAUAAAUGAUACCAUGCUCUAAUUUGGCUCUCAGUGUAUCAACAUUUUGUUUAGAGACAAGCACACUACCAUGGGAAGAGUGAUUUUAACUGUUGAAAUUUCAACUAUUGUACAUGGUUCAAAUAGUUUCAUAGCUCAAAAAAGCUUUCACUAUUAUUUCAACACAGUAUUUAACUAACAUAUUUAACCACAAUUAUACAUUUUCAUUAAUCCAAAUUCAGACUAGCUACUGGUAAGUGAGAUCAAGCAGUGUGGUAUAGACAUUUUGAAUAUACAAAAAAAAUCUAAUGUAGGUUUUCAAAUCAUACAGAAGAAUUGUUUCAAAUUCUUAAGAUAUAUUUCUUUUAGCGGGUAGUAGCAAACAUUAAGUGUUUUAGAAAUUAAAUAUUUAGCAGACAUCUUCAGAUCCAUUUUGGUGUUCAUAUACUUGAUAUUUACAACAAAGCAAACCUUUUUCCUUCAAUCAUAUGGAAAAAAGAUUGGUUUUCCCCUUAGUUGUAGCACAUUUGGAUUAUAACUGGGCACAUUUCUACAGCUUUGCCUAAAAUAAAGAAAAUGGAGACAUCUGACUU